AUGGGGCGGGCUGGGCGCCAGUUCUGGGCCCUGCUCUGGAAGAAUUGGCUCUGCAGGAUCAGGCACCCGGUCCUUUCUCUCGCCGAAUUCUUCUGGCCAUGCAUCCUGUUCAUGAUUCUGACAGUACUUCGUUUUCAAGAACCUCCCAGACAGAGAGACAAUUGUUAUUUGCAGCCCCGGGACCUGCCCAGUCAGGGUGUGUUCCCCUUUGUCCGAGGCCUUCUUUGCAACACCGGAUCCAGGUGCAGGAACACAAGCUAUGAAAGGUCCAUGGAGCACCAUUUUCGUUCGUCUAGGCUUCAAAAUGCAGCUGCCCCUCACGGGAGGGUGGAUGACCUGGCCUUCUUAAAAGAGAUGCAGGACCUUGCCAAGGAAGUUUAUGAAGUAAUGGACGAGGCGAGAGACCUACAGAAACUUUGGGUGGAACGAUCCCAGACUCCAGGCAAGUGAAGCUCUCAAACCCUCAGACCCACCUGGACAAGGGCUUUGCCCUGGG